GCGGCGGCGGGCGGCGCGCGCCGGGCCUCCUGCUUCUCGCUCCGAGGCUGCGGGACGGACCCUCCCGAGAAGUCUCUCGCCCGCGGCCGGCCGCGCUCGGACGGCGCCCGCCGGCGGCCGGGCGGUGCCAGCAUGUCGGCGGCCGUGGCGUGCCUGGACUACUUCGCCGCCGAGUGCUUGGUGUCCAUGUCCGCGGGCGCUGUGCUUCACCGCCGCCCGCUGGACCCCGAGGGCGCGGGCGGAGCCGCUGGCUCGGAGGUGGGUGCGGCGCCGCCGGAGUCCGCUCUGCCGGGUCCAGGGCCCCCGGGGCCCGCGUCCGUCCCCCGGCUCCCCCAGGUCCCCGCCCCCAGCCCCGGCGCGGGCGGCGCCGCGCCCCACCUGCUGGCUGCAAGCGUCUUGGCUGACUUGCGCGGCGACUGCGGGGAGGGCUUCGGGGAGGACUCGGGGGAAGCUCCGCGCGCCUCGUCCGGCUUCUCCGACCCGACGCGGGGCUUCGGCUCGACCCUGUGCUCAGAGCCGGCCCUGGCCUCUGGCGCGGUGGAAGUCUCCUGGUCCACGCACUCCUCCGACGCCCUUCGGGUGCCAGGCGCGCCUGCUAUCCCGGGAGUGCCUGCGGCCCCCGGCGGGGUCUCUGGCGUGGCCCCUGGUGUGGGUCCCGCCCCCGCCACAGGUACUGUCGCCCGUCGGAGGCCAGUUACACCUGCAGCCAAGCGCCAUCGCUGCCCCUUCCCGGGCUGCAACAAAGCCUAUUACAAGUCGUCGCAUCUCAAGUCCCACCAGCGCACCCACACGGGUGAGCGCCCUUUCUCCUGCGACUGGCUCGACUGCGACAAGAAGUUCACGCGCUCCGACGAGCUGGCCCGUCACUACAGGACGCACACGGGCGAGAAGCGCUUCUCCUGCCCCCUCUGCCCCAAGCAGUUCUCCCGGAGCGACCACCUGACCAAGCAUGCUCGUCGCCACCCAGCCUAUCAUCCCGACAUGAUCGAAUACCGGGGGCGCCGUCGCACUCCCCGCGUCCAGUCGCAACCCACCUGUCUAGUGGACAGCUCCAACUCCGUCACUGGCCAGACGCCCGGCCUCACCACCUGCCUGUCUGACAGUCCGUGCUGUUAGUCGUCCCUUCAAGGACGCUCCCCAGGCUGUUGUCCCUGCCUUCUCUUUGCCCAGCCCUCUUUCCCAGAAUCAUUAGGCCAAGGCACAGACUGGUUCCUUUGCUCUAAGGGUGGAUCCAGGCAGUCACGUUGGACUCUGGGGAGGGAUUGGGGACCCGUAAAUAGCAGGAAUUCUUACAACACGCAUAUCAUCCUAAAAGGGGGAGGGGGGAGGUUGCCUCAAACAUCCCCCAGGAAUUGGUGAGAAGGGAUGAACCCCGGUACUCUCCAGAGUCCUGAAGACUCUCCCUUCCCUGGAACCAGAGAUGUGAAACUGGAAUUCUCAGGUGCCCGAGGAGCUCGCAGUCUCAGAGGACUCUGGUGUCUUACCCACCCACCAGGGCGGACCUUGGAGACAGUGACAGGGGUGGCAGUCUUGGAAAUAUCCAGGUCUGGGAUGGUGAGAGGCCUUUGGAAACAGAAAUGAUUUCUAUUUCUGUGAACAGCAAUGUUUACUAAUUUAUUUUUAGUAUCUUUUAAACAGGGAUCCCAGGUUGAUGGGAGGUUGAUGUCCUCUAUUCCCCAAUUGCCCCAGCUACCUCUGCUAGGAGAGGUCAUGUAAGAGUCCAUGUAGACUGGGAGAUGCUUCUUGGUGUCAGGGGAGUGGUGCAAGGCUGUUUGCAGGUCCUGCUGCAUUGUUUGGAACCCUACACUUGCGUCGUUGCCUUCCUUCCUAUUUGGAUUCCUAUUUGGAGAGGGUAACUUCCUGGCUCACUCUGACAGUGAGAUUGGUUUAAAAAUUUGGAAACAGCCAUAAAAGCAUAAGGAAUAAAAGGGUGGUCCAAGCUAGAUACCCCUUCACCCAGAGGGCAAACCCAAGUGACUUUGGGUGAGAUAAGUCCAAAACAAAACCUUUCAGAACUAUUAUUAAUAUUCAGGGAAAUAAGGACAUGAGGUCCCAGCUGCCCACUCUAAAUAAUCUCAGGUGUGGUAGAUUCUGUUCAUUUCUUAGUGGCUAGCUAGGGGUUUAUUUCCCUCCGGGUCUGUGCAUUUUUGUUUGCAACAGGUGAGUUGGUGGUUUGGGGAGGAGAAGGUGAGAGUGGCUUCUUCUAAAGAGCUGGUUGCCCUGGAUUUCGGGAAGGAACAGGGAAGUGGAAGUUGUUAUCAGAUAGGAGGACCCUUCUCUCCUAACCUUGGAGUCCCUCCAGGUAACACCCUCAGGACCCCUCUCCCCCAGUGCAGAAAUUAUCAACAGUAUUUAUUUAUUUUCUAUAUGUAUCUCUGCUGCUAUGGAUGAAAUCGUCGGCGACUCUGCUUAUGUAUGUGUGAAUUUGUGUAUGUGUGACCCUUUCAUUAGAGAUGGGGCUGACAGGCAUUUCAUGCUCUGGUAAGGUUCCCUCCUGAAUAUCUUGUAAUAGUACAUCAAUCACACUUGUGAAGGGUGCCAUAAUCUCAGAGGACCAUAACAGGUAUCUAGUUAAAUAAACUGCUUUCUUCCAUUUUACAAAUGAGGAUGCUGAAGCCUAGAUAAGCUCAAAAUCACAUGCUGAGUUGCUGGCAAAAGCCAUGACUAGGACUGGAAGCCAUUAUGUAGCCUUCUAAGUGAUCCUUUCCCUCACACUGGUUAUUCCACCUCCUCUCUCUUUGGGCGCUUAGUCAAAGGACACCACUCUCUCUGCCACCAGGAUUCCUUCUCUCCCUGUCCUAUCACUUCUAUGUUUCUUCAAGUGUCCAGUUCCCACUAAACCCUUUGCCUAUUGUGUUUAGCCCCAAAGCAGGUUGAGUCCAUUCCUCCUUCCACACCAUGUAGACUUAGAGUGGGAAUGACUCUUUGGCAUCCUGGGAAAGGUUUUGUAUUUUGACCUGAUCAGAUGAAUUUUCAAUGCCAAUUUUUUGUUGUUGUUUGUUUGCUUCCUGGUCCUGUGCCUUCCAGCAUCCUCAAGAGAGUGAGUGAUACAAACUUGCAUUGGGUCUCUGCUAAGUGCUCCUACACCAAGUGAGGGGAGGGUCCUUAGGAAGGGCCCAAAGGAUAUGGCUUGUGAACCUAAAGAGCUUCGGUGUUUCCUGAUGUGGACUAACCAGGGAAAGUGGAGCUCUCCUUGAGUAGCAUAUUGGAGUCAGAGGCCCCCAGUUGUGGAGGUGGGUUUUAGUGUUGGGAAGACUCCUCCCUUUGGUCCAUUUGUCUCAUCAGCUGGGACUGGAUAGGAAGAACACUCUGGGUCCCCUUGAGAAAUAUGAUUUCACCUUUGUCCUCUUCAGUAGAUCUAUUGGGGAGGUGGACCCAUGAAGCUCACCAUUCUGGAAUUAAGCUCAAAAAAGCUUG